CUAUUUUUUCAUUGAAGAUUGAUGACUGCGCAAGAGCUUAAUAAAUAUAUUGGACGUUGAGUUCAUAUUGACCUUGACCCUGAUCAUCAAGAGCAGAAAUGAGUGCAUCAGCCUUGUUGAUUCUGUCUGAGGGAGCUGAAGAGAUUGAGGCUGUGACGGUUGCUGAUGUACUGGCUAGAGCAGGGGUAAACGUUACUAUUGGUGGACUUCAGGGCGAUGGAGUGCUUAAGGGAAGCAAUGGUGUUUGUAUAAAGCCAAAUGUUUCACUUUCUAGCGUUUCGUCUAAACUUUUUGAUCUGGUAGUAAUGCCAGGUGGUAUGGGUGGUUCUAAUGCUAUGGCGUCAUCGGAAUUAGUUGGUAAAAUACUUAAAGAACACGAAAAACAUGGCAAGUACAUUGCAGCAAUCUGUGCUGCACCGAUCGCCCUAGAAUCCCACAAAAUCGCUAUAGGGAAAAGGCUGACAUCUUAUCCAGGCUUCCAGGAUCAACUUCCGAGUUAUAAAUAUUGUGAAGACAAUGUUGUUGUUGAUGAUAAACUCGUUACAAGUCGAGGACCAGGAACUGCAUUGGCUUUUGCAAUGAAGCUAGUUGAAUUGCUGUGUGGCAAGCCGAAAGCUCAAACUCUAAUAAAAGGCAUGCUUGUUUCACUUUAAAACAUUUAAACUUCCUGGUUCUUGUCUUUUUAUUCUAUCAUAGCAGAUUGGAUAGACUCCAUAUUCAUCCAAAAUACUUUUCAUACGUUCGCACAAAUAAAUUUCAAUAACUACCGUUU